CUCCCGGUCCGAUGGAAGCGAACAUGUCGGGGCUGGAGUCGGCGGAGCUCGCCGCCGCCGACGGCUAUCCGUGGCAAGUGAAGCUGGCGUUGAUGCUGGUGCUGCCGCUGCUCAUCCUCUGGACAGUAAUUGGCAACGUGCUGGUGUGCGUGGCCGUCUGCCUGGUCCCCAAGAUCCGCAGCCAGCCGUACACGGUGCUGUACGUGUCGCUGGCCGUGGCCGACCUGUUCGUGGCCGUGCUGGUGAUGCCGAUCGCGCUGCUCUACCUCUGCGCCGGCACGUGGCGGUUCGGCCGAACCCUCUGCGACGUGUUCGUGUGCGCCGACGUGCUCUCCUGCACGGCCAGCAUCCUGAACCUUUGCGCCAUCAGUGUGGACCGAUACCUGGCCAUCACCGACCCGUUGCAGUACUCGCAGCGACGCGUCGAGAAACUGAUGGCGCUCUACGUUGGCGUGGUGUGGGGCGGCGCCAUCUGCAUCAGCAUCAUCCCCAUCGUCAUCAUCGGCAACGAGCACGGCGCCGACGACAUGUGCACUGUCAGUCAGAAUGUCUACUACCAGGUGUGGGCCACCGUCAUGUCCUUCUACCUGCCGCUGGCCGUCAUGAUCUUCGUCUACGUCAAGAUCCUGAAGGCAGCGCGCAUCAUCGUACGACAGGAGCGGCGCGCGCAGGGCCUCGCCGCAGCAGACAGCCGCGCCAGCGUGGCCGAACUGCGGCCGGGAAAGGCGCGGCCGCGUCUCCGCUGUCCCUGGUCGCUGUCGGUGCCGCGCGAGAAGAAGGCGUCGGUGACGCUGGGUAUCAUCAUGACGGCGUUCAUCGUCUGCUGGCUGCCGUUCUUCCUGCUGGCCGUCAUCCGGCCGCUGGUGCCGCGCGGCAGCAUCCCCAACAGCGUGUCGGACGUCUUCCUCUGGCUGGGGUACCUCAACUCGCUGCUCAACCCCAUCAUCUACGCCACGUUCAACCGCGACUUCCGGCGGCCGUUCCGCGAGAUCCUCUGCCUGCGGUGCCGGUCGCUGAAGCCGCUGCUGCGCCAGGAGCAGUACCAGGAGCAGUACGGAUGCUCGCAGGCCUCCUACUCGCAGGCGAUACAGUUGUCCCAGUUUGAUGCGUUCCAACUGCCCCUAGUGGGCAAUCCGAGAGAAGACCUCCUCGGGGACAGCGUGAUGUCGCCCGGCGUCGAGGAAGACCGGCCAGCGACGGCGGAGGCGGCCUGGCGAAACAGCAGCCAGCGGCGCGCCGCCGGGACCGGAGCCACGCGCCGAGAGUCGGCCCUCUAACUUCACCGGGUCGACGAUCAACUCGACUGAGUCAGACUCCUGACUCGGCACAAAAUCUAGACACCGCGCAUAGAUCAAUAUCCGAGCUCUCAGAGCUGAAGCUCCGACUUGGCAGAGCAAGAAAUAAACAAAGCAAAAAAAAAAAGGACCCAGGGGAGCUCAUUCAACUCCGCGGCUCAAAGUACCCGCCGAAUCCGCAGAGUCGACGCUCUGACGCAACCGACAGUGUGACACAGUCUCAUUAGACUGUCGAUACCAGCGUGAAAACAGUCAUCGGGCCUGCUCGCUCUUGCUGACCGUCAACUAUUCCUAGCAAAGACCACGCUCCGACCGCAUCUGCUCACGGCGAGGCGCAGCGUUCAGCGCGCGGGAUCCCGCAAGCCGAAACGCGGACGUCUCGGCGGCGACGGUGCUGUCAGUAGGGCGUCAUGAACCAUGACCAACGAAAUAGGAGCUGGCGGCAGAGAGACGAGAACCGCGGGAAGCGCGUCAUGUGAUCUGCAAUGACAUCUCUCAUGACUGAUGAUGGUUGUAUCCUGUUAAUGGCUUCUCUGUGUGCGACAUGUGAUCUCCACGCGCUGUGUUGUAAUGCCGAUGCUAUUUAUAGGCUGUACAGGGAGUGUUUCAUGACGCCACAGUUCUGCAUUGGUUGCGUGGCGCAUAAUAAUGCCGGUUCGUUAACUGGAUUCUGUUUUUCACUAUAGCGUAACGGGGUACAUGACACUGAAAAGAAGACGCGAGCUGAGUUUGAUGAGCUUCAUCAAGUAUAUUAAGCUUAGUUCCAGGCAGCCCAGGUAGGUUUCCUUGAGGCAGCAUUUUACAAGAAAAGUGCUUCUCUCCUCAGCCGGGGUAAAACAAAACCUUUCGACAACAGCCGUGAUGCAUUUAGGUGCCGGCUUACGUAGGGGCAUCCGGUGCUGUUCUUUUGCCAUGAGAAGCUGCAUAAGCACAUAUCGAUGCAGACUUAUCAUUCCUUUUUGUGCAUGAUACCCAGUUGUGGGUUAUCAUCUUGAUCAUUUACCGUAUUUACCAUGAAA